CUUCUGCUCUCCUCCUCCCCUCGCCUCCCUUCCCGCAGCCACCCGGGAGCUGGCGAGCUGCCUGCCGGCCCCCCGAGCCCGCCGGGGGCAGCCAGACCCGCUGCCCUGCUCGGGCCUUUGUCCCUGGCCCAGCGGGGACGGGGCUGGCCCUGCCAGCCCCCGCGGUGCCCGCAGCCCUCCCUCAGAACCAGGCGCCACCAUCUGCGCACAUGUGCGCGCCUGGAAGGCAGUAACUGGCUUUUCUUCUUCUCUUCAGCUUUAUGUGCGGUUUUGGUUUCUUGCCACAGCUGUUACGAAGGGCGGUUUUGAAUUUGGGGGACUAAAUUCUAAAAUUUGGUGGCAAAGGGAAGGUAUAAUACCUUCUUGCCUUGCCAUCGUCGCUAUGUUUAUAUCAGUAAGAAAAGAAAAAAAAAAAAUGCCUUGCUUAAGCAAACCUCUAGCACUUGGCUUGGGUAGUUCUUGUCUGCUUCCGCCUACGGACAGACAGCGCUAGAAUCUCUUUCCUGUCUUCUCUGUUAGCCCAACUGUUACCAAAUGCCUUGUUUUUAACCAAAUGCCUCGUUUUUAACCACCUGCAUAUGUGUUUUGCAGCAUUUACUACCUGAAUUUGAAUAGAAUGUGGAUCUGGAGUAUGUAAGCUGAUGUUCUAGUAGAAGCUGGAUCAAAUUUCAAGCACCUUAUUUGUAAAACAGACCGGGAAUUUGUCAUAAUCUCCAAAGCAACAUUUUUAGUGAAUUGCAUAAUACCGUGCUACUAUUCCAAAAAAGAAAAAAUAAUCCCAUGCAAAUCCCCUUGUUUUCGGACUGUUAUUUUACAGAUAGCUGUUGUCUCCUUGACAACUUCUUUCAUACAGCUGUUUCAAACAACAGUUAAGGUUUUGACACGCUAAGUUUGGGCUCAUGACACUCGGUUAGCAGCAGCAGAAGGGAGGUGAUACAGCUAGUCCAGCUACUGCCUCUUGGACAGAGGCAAACGCUGCUUAAAAUUACUGUGGGAUUUUGAAUGCUGUGCCUCAAAAGCAGCAGCAAUCUUGCAGUCAUGUACCAAGAAGUUUUACACAGCAGCUUGUACCUUGGAAGAACCUAGAAUCACACGCGGCACGUCUUAUACACUCACGUUACAUGGGAAAACUGUUUCCGUCUUCAGUGCUGCCCUAACUGUUACUGUAUGGACUCUUGCUCAGUAGCAUGGGAGAAGAGGAAGGACUACAUCAAGCACAGUUACUGAGGUUAAGCAUGCCAGUAGAAACUCGGGAGGAGCGAGGAGAAACUGCCUCUCUGCUAGGUGAAAUACAGCCGUUGAGAUGUUCGCUUCUGUGCGAAGCAGUGGCUCCUGACUUCCAUCAAGUUUGGAACUUAAUGGGAACCAGGAGCUGGGAGCCUCUGCCUCUCUCAGAUGCCACUCUCCGAAGCCAUGACUCGUGGACCUGCUCACCCCUGGUUCCCGAAUAUCGUCUUUGGGAUCCAGUCCAUAUGUUCCUGGCCCCUGUUGUACCACACUGGCCAUUCUAUAACCUGGACACAAUGUUUGUGCGAGGAUUGAAGAGAAAAUGUUUUGAUGGCGAAGAAGAUAUUGAAGGAACUCUGGCUGGUAUUAAGGCUAUUCCUUCAUAUAAUCUUCAGCGACAGUCACUUUUAGAUAUGUCCUUGGUUAAACUUCAGCUGUGUCACAUGCUGGUUGAACCUAACCUUUGUCGUUCGGUACUUAUAGCCAACACGGUACGCCAGAUCCAAGAGGAAAUGACCCAAGAUGGGACUUGGCAGAUGAUAAAUACACAGAGUACAGGCCAGGCAUCUGUGGAUCGUCUUGUUUCAACAGAUAUCCUCUGUCGCUCAUCUAGGGAACAGGCUGAGGGAAAGCAUGUUCCAGGUUACAGUACUUUCAGUAAAGACUUUGAGGGCGACCAGGCACAAGAUAGUUCAGAAACUAUGUCAACAGCCUCUUCAGUGCAAGCUCCGAGAAACCUGCAAAGUAAUGUGUGGGAAAUGGAGAAUCCACAGGAAAACAAAGGAAACUUUCAAAAAUCGUUAGAUCAAAUAUUUGAGACACUGGAGAACAAAACUCCUAAUUCAGUGGAAGACCUCUUUUCAGAAGUUGACAACUCUUACUAUGAUCUUGAUACUAUGUUAACAGGCAUGAUGAGCAACACCAAAAUGGGACACUGUGAUGGGCUAGAAUCAUUUUCUUCUCCAACAACUACAACUUCUAGCUCUAAUUGUAAAUCUGAUCUUAACGAGCUUGAUCAUAUUGUGGAAAUCCUCGUCGAAUCCUGAAACACCUUGUGUAGGAGAGAAAAAUCUGUUAAUGGAAAAAAGACUCGAGAAAGCUGUUUCCACAGUUUGUUCUAUCAAAUCUGCACGUGUAUUUUACAAAUAUCUAUAUAUUAUAUAGAUAUAUAUAUUAAAAAAGCACUUCAUAUUGCAAAAUAGUGUUAACUCUUAAAGUUAACCUGCAACUUGUAGUGUAAUAAUCCAAUUUCUUGUCCACUGAACUGUAAGUACAUACGGUAAAUGGUUAAGUAUGGGGUCCAAGGCUUUCAAAAUUGGGUUCCUUUUACCAGUUUGCUUUAGCCUUUGAUGGAGGACAUGCUCACUGAAAGGAAAGAUGAGAGAAUCCCUCUUUCUUACCCUUCUCCCAGUGAAAAUGGUAAUAAAUAGAGAAGUUGGUGAGCUUUUUUCUAUUUUCCUCCGGUUUCUACUUUGUUACAGGACAUAACUCCUACUAUAUCUGCUGCUUCUGAUCUAAGUUGCUACAUGGCUCUUAAAGAGCAGUAAGCAAUGGUUCUUGUUACUCUAGCUAGCUUAUUCUGGGUUUUGCUACAAUUUUUACUUUAAAAAUAGUUUUAAAGUGUUUAUUGGUGUUUAGAUUUUUCCAGGUAUUUUCCUAAAAUAUAUUUUUACUACAGAUGUUAUGUCAGCUGCUAACUUAGCAACUUCUGAUCAUAACUGCAGUUGAUGUAUUUUUUGAAAGGUUUUCAAAAAGGGAUGCUUUUUUACUGUGAGCUACCCAAUGUAGUUCAGUAAAGUGUAUGUAAAUGUAAAUAUACGAUUUUAUACUUUACAUUAAAAUGUAAGAGCUGUUUUCAUGAAUCUGUUUUAUAGAGUAGUACUUUACUAAAUUGAGAAUUGUACAAUUAUGCUUUUUAUACCCCAUAUACUUGAGUAUCAUUAGAGGAAGAGCUCUGAUCCAACUAGAUACAAUUAAAUUUAAUUCAUUUCAGACCGUAUUUUUUGUUAACUGCAAACCUAAAUUACCUAGGUUUUUAUUUAUGUGUAUUUAUAUGUAAAUGUCAUCAAGUGAAUUGUUUAUCACUGAAGUCUACCAUCAAAUAUUUGUUUAUAUGGGAUAACUAUCUUGCACUAAUUACUACAAAAAGUGUUACUAGCGGCCUUUAAAUCUCAACUCGUAUGUCUUGAUGUUUUGUCAUAAUUAGUAUGCUCCACUCUUACCAAGGGUUUCCUCUUGCCUUUUUUUUUUAAAUAACAAAAGAUAAUACAACAUGGGAUGGUGUUCA